GCCAUUUUUAUUCUGUGUGGCCCAGACUGGUGUAAAGUGUGAUGCUCCCGCCGACCUCGUGGGUGCUGGGAUGGCAGGCCGGUCUGGGACCCAGCCCUAACAGUGUCCGCUCCCGUUCCAGGCCUCUGGGUGACCACACCAUCCCGCUGUGGUCUCUGCUGCGCGUUCUGAGACACACAGGUGCCACCAAGAUGUCAAACCCAUUCCUCAAGCAAGUGUUCAACAAGGACAAAACUUUCCGGCCCAAGCGGAAGUUCGAGCCUGGCACGCAGCGCUUCGAGCUCCACAAGCGCGCGCAGGCGUCCCUGAACGCGGGGCUGGACCUGCGGCUGGCCGUGCAGCUGCCACCGGGCGAGGACCUCAACGACUGGGUGGCCGUGCACGUGGUGGACUUCUUCAACCGUGUCAACCUCAUCUACGGCACCAUCAGUGACGGCUGCACCGAGCAGUCGUGCCCGGUCAUGUCCGGGGGCCCCAGGUACGAGUACCGCUGGCAGGACGAGCAGCGCUUCCGGAAGCCCACGGCGCUGUCCGCGCCCCGCUACAUGGACCUGCUCAUGGACUGGAUCGAGGUGCAGAUUAACAACGAGGACAUCUUCCCCACCAACGUCGGCACACCGUUCCCCAAGAACUUCCUGCAGGCGGUGCGCAAGAUCCUGUCGCGGCUGUUCCGCGUGUUUGUGCACGUGUACAUCCAUCACUUCGACCGCAUAGCGCAGAUGGGCUCCGAGGCGCACGUCAACACCUGCUACAAGCAUUUCUACUACUUCGUCACGGAGUUCAGCCUCAUCGACCCCAAGGAGCUGGAGCCCCUGAAGGAGAUGACCUCACGGAUGUGUCACUGAGGCCCAGCUGGGAAGUCCACGUCAGCGUUGUACAGCCUGUGUCUCCGGAGCGUCACCCAGAUGCCAUCAGAAGAGCAGAGGGACCCUGGUUCCCCCUCCGUGGUGACUGUGAACCCUCCAGCUGACCUGUCCCCUUGCAGGGGCCUGAACUUGAAUUCUGUGACACGGUGUGCUCUUAGCCACCGGGUUCACACCGUGUUUGUGCCAGAGCCUCCGGCAGGAGGCAGCAGGGUCUGGAGCCAUCGCCAACCACCCUGACCCUCUACAUGUCUGUCCAGCCUUGCAGCCAUGGCCUUGGUAUGUGUGGCCUCAACUCUGUCCCCCUCUUUCCACGUGGGUAGCAGUUGUACCUCUGAAGAUGUACUAAUGUGCCAUGCCCUCCUCUGCCCAGACCUGCCUUCUGGGUGUACUCUGGUCAUCAGGCAUCGCCAGAACUUUCCACUCACUCUGCCUAGCACUUCUGAAUACACCUCUCCACACCCCCGGGCAGGACACCCAGGAUUGAGUGUCUGAGGUGUCUGCAGGGUCAGGGUACAGAUGCAUCAUGCCUGUGAUCCUAGAGCUCUGGAGGCAGGUGCAGAGGGAUUGCUGCAAGUUCAAGGCCACUCUGGCCCUGCACUGAGAGUCGGGCCAGCCAGGGUCUCCUAACAAGACUGUCUUUUAAAAAAAAUGUAAAAGAAGCUGGACAGUGGUGAUGCACACCUUUAAUCCCAGCACUCGGGAGGCAGAGGCAGGAGGAUCUCUGAGUUCAAUGCCAGUCUGGUCUACAGAGUGAGAUCCAGGACAGCCAGGGCUGCACAGAGAAACCCUGUCUCAGAAAACAAAAGCAAACCACACAUCGUAAGGGACGGCUGAGGUGGUAAAGUGCUGCUGCAGAAGCGUGAGGAUGCAGGGUGACCCCGGCACCCAAGGGAAGCCAGGUGUGGGGGCGUUGGUCACCCCAGCCUCAGAGACCCUCUGUCUGAAGUACUCAGAUUAAAGAUGUAAGGCACAACACCCAGUCCGUUCAGAAAUAGUUGUUUUGUGUUAUUUUCUGAGACAGGGUCUCACUCUAUCCCUGGCUGACCUAGGACUUGUUCUGUAGACCAGGCUGGCCUCGAACUCCCAGAGAUCCGCCUGCCUCUGCCUCCCGGGUGCUAGGAUUAAAGGUGUGCCAUACCCAGCCCUUCUGGAGAUUUUAGAGAAAAAAUUGAACCAGUUUCUAGUGGCUGCCCUCUUGGGCACAGUGUCCAGACCAACCCAGAACCCAGGAAGGAAUUCUCACAUGGUUUCCAACACCCGCUGGGAUCUGCGGUUCCCUAGGGGGUGGCACGAGGACCCUCCCUUCCUUCAGUGGCAGCUGCUGCAUAGCCAGACUUUUUGUGUGUGGCCCCUAGGACACAAGACCGAACUCCCACGGACCCGUCUCUAUACCAUGCAUGGUGGGCGUCACAGGGUGUGACUGUCCCCAGCUCCAGUCUUUGACCCUCUUGGACCUUCCCUUGAGACCUGUGCACUGUGAAGACCCCAGGGAAUUCUGGUUAUUUUCCCAGAUCUGGGAGUCUGCCACUGAACUAAAGGAGUACAGUUGACAGGAUGUCCAUGCCUGAGCCCGAAGCCUGCGAGUCUCCCGGGUCCUUCCAGAAGCCACCAUGCCUUGCGCUCCAGCCCUGGAAGGACCCAGGGACCAGCCCUCAAGGCUUGACUGAAUGUAUCUCCCACAUGCAAGACUUGGCACUGUGCCCAAUCGGAGCAGCCCCCACACCAGCCCAGGGAGGGAUCCACACCGCCUCAUCCAUCCCACCUCAAUACAAGCCUAAGAAUAAAGCGGUCGUCUUGA